UGAACCUUGGAGCUGGGCAAAGGUAGGAGAAGCUGGGUGUAGCCACACGCUUCCUGCAGCUCAGCUUCUUCCUGCAUAAUCUUCCUGAAAGUCUUCCCCAUCCUUAUUCCAAAUCUUCUUCCUCAUCUUCUCCAAUUCCUUCACCAUCUCCUUCCCCAAAUUCCUCCCUCUAUCCCCCACCCAAUCUUCUCCCCCCCACAUCCUUUUCCAGUCUUCUUCUCUCAUCUCUUACCCAUUUAUUACUCAUCUUCUUCCCCAUCUCCUCCAUCAUCUCCUUCUCACUCUCCCUCCUCUCUUUCCUUUCCCCAACUCCUUCCCACCUCCCCUUCUCCAGCACAGAUGUGCUUCCUAUCAGGCUGCAACCACCCCAGUUUUGCCUUCCAAUGGAGGACCCUCCUGGCUCAUCUCGUGGCUCUGCACCUCCUCCAUCUGGGAUCAGCCCAGCUCACGGUGGUGGCACCGAGUCUCCGGGUCACUGCCAUCGUGGGACAGGACGUCGUGCUGCGCUGCUACUUGUCCCCUUGCAAGGAUGCUGGGAGCUCAGACAUCAGAUGGAUCCAGCACCAGUCCUCUGGCCUUGUGCACCACUACCAAAAUGGAGUGGAUCUGGAGCAGAUGGAGGAGUAUAAAGGGAGGACAGAACUGCUCAGGAAUGGUCUCUCUGAUGGAAACCUGGAUCUGCGCAUCACUGCUGUGAGAUCCUCUGAUAGUGGCUCCUACAGCUGUGCUGUGGAAGAUGGUGAUGGCUAUGCAGAAGCUGUGGUGAACCUGGAGGUGUCAGAUCCUUUUUCCCAAAUCAUCCAUCCCUGGAAGGUGGCUCUGGCUAUGGUCAUCACACUUCAGCUUGGGUCAUUUGUCAUCAUAGCUUUUCUCUAUAGAAAGCAAGCGGCACAGCGCAGAGAGCUGGCGAGAAAAGAUGCAGAGCUGGCACAACAAGCUGAAAUACUGGAGAGAAAAGAUGCAGAGCUGGGGCAACAAGCUGAAAUACUGAAGCAACAAGCUGCAGAACUGGUGCACCAAACUGAAAAAGUGGAGAAUUGGAAAUCACUGUUGAACAAACACACUGAUGAGAUGGAUUUAAGUGCUGCAAAUCUGAAGAAACAAGCUGAAAGGCUGGUGGAACAAACUGAAGCACUGGCAGAAAAAAAUGAGGCAUUGGACAAACAGAAUUCACAGCUGAAGAAGGACUAUGAAGAGAUGGAUUCAAGUGCUGCAGAGCUGAAAAUACUGGCUACAAAAUUGGACUUAUACUGUGAAAAGAUGGGGAUAAGGGAUGCAGAACUGAAGAAACUAGCUGAAAGGCUGGUGGAACAAACUCAAGCACUGGCGGAAAGAAGUGAAGCAGUGGAAAAACAGAAUUCACAGUUGAAGAAAGACUGUGAAGACAUGGAUUUAAGUGCUGCAGAUCUGAAGACUCUUGCUGCAAAACUGGAUUCAAGUGCUGCAGAUCUGAAGAAACAAAUUGGAAAAUUGGUGGGAAGAACUGAAGAAUUGAAGAAACAGAAUUCACAGUUAGACAUAGAUUUCAGCGCUGAAAAUCUGAAGAAACUAAGUGAAAAACUGGAUUCAAGUGCUGCAGAUCUGAAGGAACAAGUUGCAAAACUGGUGAAACAAAUUGAAGAAAUGGAGAAAGAGAAUUCAGAGCUGAAGGAACGCUGUGAGAAGAUGGGUUUACAUGCUGCAGAUCUGAACAUACAUUAUGAAGAGUCAGUAGAACAAACAAAACAAGUGGAAGAACACAGCGCAGGAAUAUAUUCACAUGGUGCAGAUCUGACAGAAAAACAAGCUGCAGAACCAGGGGAACAAACUGAAGAAGAGGAGACACCGAAAUCACUGCUGAAAGAACACAGCACAGGAAUACAUUCACGUGGUGCAGAUCUGACCAAGGAGCUAGGUGCAGAAUCGGGUGAGUCACCCCUCACAAAUAAAAUAGAAAUCCCCUCUGACCAUGCACUUAUUUUAUCUAUCUUUUCCUUUUCCAGACAUACAUUAUGAAGAGUCAG